AUGGCUGUAGACCAGGUCCUCUCAAUGGAAGUAGUGCUCCCCAACGAACGAUUCGUGACAGCCUCCUUCACCGAAAAUACAGAACUCUUCUGGGCACUCCGAGGCGGCGGAGGCAGCACCUUCGGCGUCGUCACCUCCGUCACCAUCAAAGCACACCCAGCCAUCCCGGCAACGACCUCAACCUUCACCUGGACCACAGGCCCAAAGAGCAACAUCACGCACGGCUGCUUCUGGGCUGGCAUCCGCGCAUACCUCGACCUUUUCAUCGAGCACUCAGACGCAGGCAUCUACUCAUAUUUCUUCAUCCUCCCCUCCAAAGGCGAAUACACCUUCCUCAUGCAGCCCUUCUUCGCCCCCAACAAAACCAUCCCGGAGAUCCAAGCCCUCCUAAACCCCUGGUUCCAACGCCUCCACCAACUCGGAAUAACCUUCACCCCAAAGACCCAAUAUCUCGACAACUUCUACUCCGCCUGGGACGCCUCGUUCCCGCUCGAAGUCGUCGAAAAAGCCCACGUAGUAACCGGCUCCCGCCUCUUCCCCAAAUCCAACUGGGAAGAUCCCUCCCGCCUAAAUGCAACCUUCGACGCCAUCCGCGCCUCCUCCGAAGCAGGCCUCACUCACAUCGCCUUCAACAUGGCACCCACCCUUUCCCGUGCCGGGAACCCAGACAACGCCGUCAACCCUGCCUGGCGCCGCACGGUGAUGCACGCUCUCUCCAGCGUAAACUGGAGCCCCGACGCUACGGCGCAAGAGAUUACUGCCGCGCGACACAAUUUCACCUACGGGCACAUGCAGCGGUGGAGGGUUGUUACAGAGCAUGGGUUGCCCACGGAGAAUGCUGCGCCACCUUUAGCAGUGAAGUGGUAUGUGACUGUUGUCCAAUAUCAACUCCCUGAUCGCGAUCGCGCACCCAGCAAGCAUGCAAAAUCUAGGAAAAUCAAAUGCAAUCUGCCCAAUGCCGACGAGCUUGGCCCGCUAGGCUCUUCGCAAUCCCCGGAGAAGUCCUGUGAACGUUGCCGUAGCCUCAACCUUGAAUGCAUUGUCGAGCGUGCCACCUUGGGCCGUCCAUCCCUAAAGCGCGAGCGACUUCAGAGAGCAACUCCUCUCUCCCCAAAUUCGCGAAAAGAUGACGACAGCCCUUCGAUAAUCCCGCUGGAGAUCAAAGAUUAUCUAGCCACAGAGGCGAUUGACGACCUUGGAACGACCAAGGCACUAGGCGAGCAGAGACUAUUUCAGACUACCGUUGAGUUUCAGUACUUCUUCGCCUCUGUCUUGGCCAAAGACCGCAUCUUCGGUGCCACCAUUCCUACGAGUACUUCAGGUUGGACGACUCCACUGCCAGAACUCGUGAGCCAUGAAAUGGCGACCGCUCUUGACAAUGAUUUGGUCUGGCAUCGGUUUUUCCUUCCAAACUUGCCAAGUUUGGUAAGCAUAAGAAACCGUCUAGAGUUGGAUGGACCCGACUUUGCCAGCUCCGCAACCAAUUUGCUUUUCGCAUUGCUCUGCUUGAUUGCCCUUGAUACGACGGACAAAUUCGUUCCACAACAUCCACGUUUGAAGUGGAAUAUCCAACUUUCAAUUUCGUCCUAUGGCCAGGAGUUCAUCUUCUCCCCUCCCACACAUCGCGACUCCGUCGUCGUCUGUCUUCUCCUAGCUUAUUACAGGCCGACAGCAGUGGUGUCAUCCCAGCAUACUGCGCACAAGGCGAUCAAGUCCACAUUGUAUCUCGGCAUCGCAUUCAAGAUCGCAGAGCGGUUGGAGAUACUGCCUUCGCAACUCAAUUUGUUCGUUGGCGAUAUUACGACUAUGAACAAUACCGAGUUUGAGCAUCUAAUCGCCGAUUCCUUGCAAGGAUUGGAAAUACUCAGUCAAGACCUACUUCUCGAUGGGCUAUUGUCAAAACCAGUUCAUUCUCUACAAACCGUGCUUGAUCGCAUGGCACCCCACAUCCAAGCUUACCGACAUGUCGUCAAACAUCGAUCUUGCUCACCUAGGGUCAUUUUCCAAAUUCAAUGGGCAACGUCAAGCUAUAUGCUUCUCGAAGCGUUGAAAGCCACGAAGCAGGGCUGGGGCAGUCCAGAAAAACUGUAUCGUCUUGUGGAAGAGAUCGAAGAAAAGUGCCUAAGACAGAUUCAAUUCUGUGAUUGGGCACUCACACAAACCGGCCCUUCGGGAGCCCCUGAGGAGAUAUCAGCUGCUCGCUCUUUACUGGAACAGCGAUUUCACGCAAUUAUAGUGAGGAUAUACGGGAUUUCACUUCUCUAUAUAUUGGUAUUGAAAUCCAGAACCCUCGACUGUAGCUUGCAAGGUGAUCCCGAAAUAUACCCCCAUGAGACUGUUCAAAUGGGAGCGCAUGUCUCCAACGCCUUGAACAACAUCUCCGACAAGACAAGUGAGUUGUUAUUUGCGUUUCUUAGUCGAUUUGGAAAGAUAUUUCCCGAUCGACUCCUGGCGGUCCUGGAAAUGUUCAUCAAAUGCACCGAUUUAAAACUCGGCGGUGUCCCGUUCCAGGCUCCAUUCCGAGAUAUGGUUCUUGACAUUAUCAUCUUUUCCCGAGCCAUCGUGGAGAACAAUAGCAUCCAUGUCAAGAAUCUAGAUGGAAAAAUGAGGGAAGACUCCGACUAUCAAAUGGAGGUGAUGGGGAAAUGUGCGAAAAGACUCGAAAAGAUGGUUGCAUCUCCCGGGAAAUCGAUUGAGGCUGCUUUUGCCGGUGGCUGUGUCUAUGCAGCUAGCACUAAGGUGAUGAUGGCAUUCCUUGAUAUCAUCAGGAACUUGAAAAAGAAGUCUAAAUGUAAUGCUGGACAAAUCCUAUCUAUAAUGUCCGUUACCUCUACAGAAGGGUUGGCCAUGGGCAUGCCGGAGAAUUCUUCACCGGAAUCAAGGGAUUUAUGGCCCAAUGGUGCAGUAUUGAACCCUUCCGACGCCGAAGGAUUUAUUUUUGACUGGUCUUCCAUCAUGAACUUCGAUGGGGUGACCUUUGAUGGAGAUAUGAACCUUGAUUUGAAUCUUGGUUCGUGUUAG